AUGGCGGUCGCAUCGGAGUCAGCUUCACCUCUCGAGGUCCUCGCUGGCCUGGGCCAGAACAACAACACAAAGACCCUGCUGAGAGUCAUCAUCCUCGCCCUCAUCGCAGGUGCCGCCGUGGCCAGUCGUCUGUUCUCCGUCAUCCGUUUCGAGAGUAUCAUCCACGAAUUCGACCCCUGGUUCAACUUCAGAGCGACCAAGUACCUGGUCGCCAAUGGCUUCUACAACUUCUGGGACUGGUUCGACGACCGAACAUGGCACCCUCUGGGACGAGUGACUGGUGGUACACUGUACCCCGGUCUCAUGGUCACCAGCGGUGUCAUCUACCACGCCCUCCGUUUCCUGUCCGUCCCCGUUGACAUCCGCAACAUCUGCGUCCUCCUCGCCCCGGCCUUCUCGGGCCUGACGGCCUUCGCCGCCUACCUGCUCACCAACGAGAUGACCACAUCGCCCUCGGCUGGUCUGUUGGCGGCCGCCUUCAUGGGCAUCACCCCUGGCUACAUCUCGCGAUCGGUCGCUGGUUCGUACGAUAACGAGGCCAUUGCCAUCUUCCUGCUGGUCUUUACCUUCUACCUGUGGAUCAAGGCCCUGAAGGUCGGCUCUGCGCUCUGGGGUGGCCUCUGCGCUCUGUUCUACGGAUACAUGGUUGCGUCGUGGGGUGGUUACGUCUUCAUCACCUGCAUGAUCCCCUUCCACUCUUUCGUGCUGGUCUGCAUGGGCCGUUACAGCAGCAGACUCUACGUCGCCUACACUACCUGGUUCGCACUGGGAACGCUGGCCAGUAUGCAGAUUCCCUUCGUUGGUUUCUUGCCCGUGCGUACCAGUGAGCACAUGCCUGCUCUGGGUGUUUUUGGAUUCCUUCAGCUUGUAGGAUUCCUCGAUUACGUCCGCUCUGCCCUCCCUGGCCGUCAGUUCCAGACUUUCCUAUACGUCGGUCUGGGUGCAAUCUUCGGUGUUGGUGUUCUGGGCAUUGUGGGCCUGACUUCCGCCGGCUACAUUGCGCCCUGGUCUGGUCGUUUCUACUCCCUCUGGGACACCGGCUAUGCCAAGAUUCACAUUCCCAUCAUCGCGUCCGUGUCUGAGCAUCAGCCUACUGCCUGGCCCGCGUUCUUCUUCGAUCUGAACUUCCUUAUCUGGUUGUUCCCGGCUGGUGUCUACCUGUGCUUCCAAAAGCUGGAGGAUCAGCAUGUCUUCAUCGUCGUCUACGCCCUCUUCGGAAGUUACUUCGCAGGUGUCAUGGUCAGGCUGAUGCUGACUCUGACUCCUGUGGUGUGUGUGGCUGCAGCUAUCGCCGUGUCGCAACUUCUCGACACAUACCUGGUGGCCAGCUCUCCCGUACCCGAGGAACAGGCUCCCGAGGAAGCCGUCGAGGUUGCCGAGAAGAAGAAGAACAAGGGUGGCCUGCGUGCCACGUCCCAACCCUACAUUGGCAUCUACAGCUUCAUUUCCAAGGCUGUCGUUGCCGUUGCCAUGACGGUAUACCUGCUGCUUUUCGUCCUCCACUGCACCUGGGUCACCUCCAACGCCUACUCCUCGCCCUCCGUUGUCCUUGCCAGCAGAAUGCCUGAUGGUAGCCAGCACAUCAUUGACGACUACCGUGAGGCCUACCAAUGGCUCCGACAGAACACCAAGGAGGACGCCAAGAUCAUGUCGUGGUGGGACUACGGUUACCAGAUUGGUGGUAUGGCUGAUCGGCCGACCUUAGUCGACAACAACACCUGGAACAACACCCACAUUGCUACGGUUGGUAAGGCUAUGAGCUCUCGCGAGGAGGUCAGCUACCCUAUCAUGCGUCAGCACGAGGUUGACUACGUCCUGGUCGUGUUUGGUGGUCUUCUUGGUUACUCGGGUGACGAUAUCAACAAGUUCCUGUGGAUGGUCCGAAUUGCCGAGGGUAUCUGGCCCGACGAGGUCAAGGAGCGAGACUUCUUCACCCAGCGUGGCGAGUACCGAGUUGACGGCGAGGCCACUGACACCAUGAAGAACAGCUUGAUGUACAAGAUGUCCUACUACAACUACAACUCCCUCUUCCCACCUGGACAGGCUCAAGACCGUGUCCGUGGUGCUCGUCUCCCCGACCAGGGCCCUGUCCUAAACACCGUGGAGGAAGCCUUCACCAGCGAGAACUGGAUCAUCCGUAUCUACAAGGUCAAGGAUCUUGACAAUGUUGGCCGCGAUCACGCCGCCGCGGCGUCUUUCGAGAGGGGACACAAGAAGAAGAAGGCCACCAAGAAGCGUGGCCCUAGGGUCCUCAGAGUAGACUAA